AAUGACCAAAUUACCCUCUCCAUAGUCCAAAAUUUCUUAUGCUUGUUCCUCAAGAAGACAUCCAUCCGUUGCCAUCUUCUUCGAUUACCAGAGCAAAAUCAAUACUGAGAAGGGUUAAUACAAUCAAUAAAAAUCAAAGCACGCUAGGGAAGCAAAUAGAUCAACAAGAAUGGAGUGCGUGUUUGGACUAGUAGGCAAUGGUUUCGCGAUAGUAGCGGCUGAUACAUCGGCCGUACAUAGCAUCCUCGUACACAAGUCCAACGAAGACAAGAUCAUGAUCCUCGAUUCCCACAAGCUCAUCGCCGCUAGCGGCGAGCCUGGCGACAGAGUUCAAUUCACGGAGUACAUACAGAAGAACGUGGCGUUAUAUCAGUUCCGUAAUGGAAUUCCUUUGACCACUGCAGCUGCUGCCAACUUUACUCGAGGCGAGCUCGCUACCGCUUUGAGGAAGAACCCAUACUUUGUGAACAUUCUUUUGGCUGGCUAUGACAAAGAGACUGGUCCUUCACUCUAUUACAUUGACUAUAUUGCUACCAUGCACAAGGUUGAAAAGGGAGCAUUUGGGUAUGGGUCCUAUUUUGCUCUCUCCAUGAUGGACAGACACUUCCACAGUGGCAUGUCUGUGGAAGAAGCAAUUGAUUUGGUUGAUAAGUGUAUAUUGGAGAUCCGAUCCAGGUUGGUUGUGGCACCACCAAACUUUUUGAUCAAGAUUGUUGACAAGGAUGGUGCAAGGGAGUAUGCCUGGCGUGAAUCUGUCAAAAAUGAUGUAGCAGCCUGAAUGUUUCUGGCUUUGGACUAGCGUUUCAUGUUUAUGUUUAAUUUGAGUUGUCAACAGUAAUGCUACAUUCGAGUAGUCGACUGCCCAGAACUAGUUUAAUGCGUUUGGUACUUGCCAUUAAAUAUUAUUGCUUAUUUUCUUGAGAGUUUA